AUACUUUUCCUAAAUUUCCCCAAACGAUUCCCAAUUAUUAAACAUAAAUAAAUUAGAAAUAUUCAAUUUGUCUACUAUCUUCAAGUCAGUGGUCUCCUCGAAUAGUGUCUCCCCGAAUGCAGUCAUAUUCGGUUGUAUAAACACUAUAAACAUUACGACAUGGCAUGACGGGGGUAUCAGGGGAAAUAGAUCGAGAAGUGGAGUUUGUGCAACGUCCAGAGAAACGUCGCGAAUUUCAGAAUUUUAUAUUCUCUAGUUCUUGGCGUGGCGAUUAUAGAGAUAAGAAACGGGUUAAAUAAUAAUCGUACUAUGAGUACGACACACUGAUCAACAUUGUGAUUGACGCGACGCUCGCCUGUGAUCUGAAAUAGAAUACUAUGGGUGGAGCGCACUUAUAUACACCACAGUCUAUUUUACAACAGAUGAUGAAUCAACAGAAUUUACAGCAGCAACAGAAUCUACAGCAGAUUGGAUCAUGGAUGCAAACACCACAAGUACCACCAAUAACUAUUCCCUGGAGUGUACCAGCGUUACAUCAAUCAGAAUUGGUUAGAUUUACUGGAGAGACCAGCUCUGGACCAAUACUUCAUCAGAAAAGAAAAUUAGGAGCACUAGAUAUUGAAGAAUACAUGCGUCAAAAAAAGCAGUUUAUAACAGAAGAAAAAAUAACUGCACAUUUUAAAGAUCUGCACAUUAGUUCUAAUUAUGAAUCCGAGAAUCCGGUGCAAUCAACUUCUACUGUUCAUACGUCAUCUUCCUGUCAUAAGCCAUUAAAUAUGGAUUUGGAUGUCGAUGCAACGAAUGCAUUAAAUACCGAACAAACAAGCGAUCUACAUCCAAGAUUGGUUCUUUCAGAGGAACUCAAGCGAAUGCAAGAGGAACCUAUUUUGCCAUCGACUCUUAUAUCUAAAUUAGAGAGGCCUUCUAUGGCUCUGGUUCUUUGGGAACCACCAAAUAGACAUCUCCGUAUUCUACCAACAAGAGAUACUCCAACGCCAAUCCCGAAUACAUCCGACGACAAUAAUAACAACAAUAAUGUUACUAUUCCCGAUCUAAAUAACAUAUUAUCCAGUGUCAGAUCAGCAUUUGAGCCAAUGGAGUUAUGAGAUUCUUUGGUUAGUACUGCAUAUUUUAUCUCCAAAUACGUUGGAAACGAAAAAGUAUAAAUAUUAUUUAAACUUUAAAUUGGAAAAAGAUUUCAAUAAUCUGCAAAAUGUAAACUAGAGUAGGAUAAGGGAUAAAAUGUGUUUUGCGGUUUCUCCUACUGUAUAAUAAUCAUUUGAAUGAUGCAUCUGAGUAAGUUUGAAACGCAUCUCUAAUAUAUUAUUUUCAUUUGAUAAUCGUAGAUUUCACAUUAUUUUAAUAUGUCUUAUUAUAAUUUCGCCUUUUAAGGUUCCUGAAUAGUCACCACAGUCAUAUUGAAUUGUGACGUCAAAAAUGAUAAAAAAUGAUUUAAUUUUUGUUACGUGCUAUUUGUAAAUAAAGACUAUUUGGAUAAAAUAAAAUGAUGAUAUUGCUUUAAAAUAAUCGUAAAAAUGGACGAAAACUAUGUUUAUCUUUCUUCAGAUAGUUAGUAAUGAUCGUAAAAAAUGAUAAAAGGCAUGGUGGAAUAAGAAAGGUAAGCUAUUGCGUAUAAUGGCGAAAAAAAAGUGAGAGACACAAAAUGACAACUAAUCACUUUGGACCCCAGCGAAGCGCGCAAAUUUCAAACGCACAUAAUACUGAUCAGAAAUUAAAUGAUUGGGGUCCAAUGUGAUUGGCUGUUAGCUUUCCACUAUUUUUAGGCUAUUGCGUAUCCAUGGAAAUAGCUUACCUUUCUUAUUCCAGCGUGAAAGUGAAAAUAGGCUACGUAUGUGUAUUGAGUAAAAGCAUUUUCAUGUCUUUUAUUACUUUUUAUUUAUAAUUAUUUACUGU